UCCUCUCACCAUCUUACCUCGAAUCUCUCGUCAAGCAGCAGUAGUAACGACGACUUUACGGAGAAGAACAAUGACAUCGAGUUCGCAUUCAAAUAAUGGGCUACCAGAGACAUCGAUCCCAAUACUCCAAACGCUCGAGAAACUACGUGCAUGGCGGAACGAAGCCUUUUCGAAGGGUAAGAGUGUAGGGUUCGUACCUACGAUGGGAGCGUUACAUGAGGGUCAUCUCUCACUCGUCCGCCGUUCACUAGCAGAAAACGACCUAACCAUCGUCUCCAUCUUCGUCAACCCGACCCAAUUCGCUCCACACGAAGACCUAGCCUCUUACCCUCGUACGCUCCCUCAAGACCUCCAAGCUCUCUCUGCGCUUCACUCGCCCCCGCCAAGUUCGCGUACGACGGCUGCGGUGUUCCUACCCUCGGUGGAGGUUAUGUAUCCUCCCUCUCCUUCCUCCUCCUCAUCAGAGAAAGGAGGGAACCCACUAGCAGCCAGCACCCUCGUCGACCUCCCCUCCCUAAGCACCCACCUCGAAGGUCGUACCCGACCACACUUCUUCCGCGGAGUCUGUACAGUCGUCACAAAGCUCUUCAACGCCGUCCAGCCUUCUCACGCUUACUUCGGUCAGAAAGAUAUCCAACAGGCGCUUAUUCUUCGACGCAUGGUGAGGGACUUGUUGUGUGCGUAUCCUGGUGAGGAGGGGUUGCAUAUCGUUCCUACUGCUCGUGAACCUGAGGAAGAGGAAGACGAGAAGGAGAGGGAGAGGGAGAGGGAGAGGAUGGAUGGAUUGGCAUUAAGUUCGCGAAACAGUUACUUAACUCCGCAAGAGAGGAAAUACGCACCUGCGUUAUACAAAGCUCUCCGAGCAGGUGAAAUAGCAUGGAACACCGGUUCAACAAAAGACACUGUCAUCCAUUCCGCUCAUUCUUUCCUACAUUCCGAGGCAGAACGAGCAAAACGAGAGGAUGGUGUGGACUUGCGUGUGGAUUACGUUGAGAUGAAUGAUCCGUGGACGUUUGAUGUCGUCGACGGGUCUGAAACUAAGACAAAAAGUAGCGAUGACGGAGAGGAUGUAUGGAUACUUAGUGGUGCGAUGUGGGUCGGUAGGACGAGGUUGAUUGAUAACGUCCUCCUGGGUAACAGCAGUAAGAUUUUGUACUAACGAGAUCAUAUAUUUGCAUAUAUGCGUGUUUUAAUUAAAUAC